GGUAGGAGGUGUGCGAGUUAGCAGGUUCCGUUGACAAUAACAAGACUGCGUUGGUGUUUCCACGUCUCCUGGACUAAGCCACAAAACCGAACCACAGAAGCAGGACUACGUUAUGAAAGGAAGGCUGUGGUGUCUGGCAGCAGUGUUGUGUUGGUGGCAGCGACCAUGCACUGGUUGGGCUCUGGGCACUGUUGUCCAUUCAUACCGAAACUGAACGUUCUUUGAAGACUCGUUAGAAAAAUAAUUAGAAAAUAAUUGAUGUGUUCUAAGGCUUCUGAAGCAUACUCGGCAGGAAGUAGCAGUGACUGUGUAUGACACUUGCGUUGAGAAGGAAAGUGUACAGCUUGUAUUGGUGAGUGACGCUGUGACGCCCCAGCUUGGCGCCACACAUUGCAGUGCCGAAGAGGGAUGGAAAACCGUCCCAGGAGGACCGGCAAGUCAGCAUUUAAAGGAUCAAGCGGGCCAAGUAGGAGAAACUGUGGCAGAGGGCGGGACGUGAUGUCUCCAAUGUGCGCAUCCGCGACACAGGCGGAGAGUGGGGAGGCGACGGGGACAGCCACAUCCAAGAACGCCCUGAGAGAAAGGACCCGUGUGGAGAGUCUACGUAAAGCUUACAUGGAACUACAGGCGGCCAUUCCCUCUGUCCCGCCCAACACCAAGCUAUCCAAGCUAGACGUGCUGGUGCUGGCUACCACCUACAUCUCCCACUUGUCACAACUACUUCAGGAGGACGACCUACGUGCCACUCACGAUACCAACAAUAAUACUACAGCUGCUGCGGUCGGAGUGAAAGCUGCAGGCGUGGAGCAGCAUACCCACUAUCCGAAGGUAGCAUCUACCGCGAGGGGUUCGCAGAAGGGUCUCCUACAUCCUGUCAAGAAAUGGCCGAUGCGUGCACGGCUGUACCCUGGUGUGGCGGUGAGCGAAGCGGCCAUGCUGCUGGGGGAGCAGCCCUCUGGCUUCAGACACUUGCGAUCCAGACUAAAUCCCUCGCCAGCCACCUCCUCUCCCUAUCCACUGGCGGCUCAUGUAGGGAGUCCCACGCUUCAGCAACCCCACACUGCUGAAAACGGCUCCUGUAACUCAACGGGGAUGCUUUCAGAAAAUGGCGUAACAGCUGACGUGAAUGACGCAGCGACCUUCCUGAACGGCGCACUGCCCGGAACCCACACGUGCCUGCCGCCGCCCUACGCAGCCCACUACCUCGGCACAUGGGAGUCGGAGGGAGGGUGGGGGCCGGAUGUUACUUGUAGUGAUAUGACCACCUGCCCCCAGCCACUGGCCACCUACACCGGCUGCUGGUCCUCCUGGCAAGACUGAGGCGCUCUCGUCUAAUCCAUGAUGUGUAUGAUACAACUGAACAUCCUUUUGAAGUUACUUUUUUUUUUUAUAAUCAACGGAAUACGGAUCUCGUUUGUAAAAUUGAGAACACGUGAGAUUGUUGACAUGUUCAUACAUAAGAAAUGCACAAGGAUGAAUCAUUAACACGACUAAGUAUCAAAACGCUUUUCUAUGAGUAAAUAAAGUGAUAAAGAUUG